AUGUCUGAGACAAUUGAGGAGAAGAUCCAGAACUACAGGACGGCGCCUUUUGACGCCCGGUUCCCUAACACCAACCAGACUCGCAACUGUUACCAGAACUACCUGGAUUUCCACAGGUGCAACAAGGCCCUGUCAGCCAAAGACCAAGAUGUGGCCCCCUGCGAGUGGUACAAGAGGGUUUACAGAAGCCUUUGCCCCAUGAGCUGGGUUGAGAAAUGGGACGAUCAGAUAGAAAAUGGAAGCUUCGCUGGGAAAAUCUAA